AUGACUUUUCAGUAUUAUUCACGUAAAACAUUAUUAUGGAUUAUUUUAUGUCUCAUUCUUUUAUUAUCUGCCUAUGUUUUUAAAAAUGCCAACAUCAUUCAUACUCCAGAUCUUAAUUUUCCUGUAUCAUCUAUUUCUAAUUUACCAUUAAAUAGUACACCAAGCGAAGCAUUUGUUACAUUUUGUAAUAAUAAUCCAAAAUAUCUCGCACUUCUAACGAAUGUAUUUGAUUCUAUUCAUUAUUUUUCAACACGUCCUAUUAUAGUCUAUGGAAUUGAUACUGAUCUCAAUAUAGACAUCAAAAAAUAUCCACGUGUAAUUCAACGACGUUUAAGUCAAAAAGAUUGUGGUAAUUCAAUUUAUUUUUGUAAAUUUUAUGUUAUCGUACAUAGCCAAGUCGAUUAUGGAAUUUAUCUAGAAGCUGAUACAUUAGUAAAUUGGAAUGUUGAUACUCUUUUUGAUCUUCUUCAUCGAUGGCCAUAUCCAUUACCACUUGCGCCUCGUCAUCCAGAUGAUCCUACUAAUUAUCGAAGCUUUUUAAAAAAAUUUAAACUUGACUUUCAAAAUCGUACAACACCAUAUGUACAUGCUCAUGUAUUAUGGAAUUAUCGAGCAUAUCCAUUUCUUCAGCAAGCUCAUAAUCUUAUGCGUCAAAAUAAUUUUCUGGGUGCUAAUUUUGAUGAAACAGGUUUAAAUAUUCUAUUAUGGCAAGCCCGAGCAAACCAUACAUUAUGUAAAAUGGAUCCAUAUUAUAGUUAUCUACCAGCUUAUGAAUCGAAUCAAAUGAUAUGUCAUAAAUAUUGUCAUACAGCAUUUGUUUUUGUUCACGGUUCGAAAAAAGUACAUGAAAUGCGUAACUUAGUUGAACGAUUAAAACAACAUGCUGGAGCACCAUUUAUUCAAACUCUACGUCAUGGAUUUCAUUAUUUAAAUGAAACAGAAUAUACAUGUUGUUAUCCAGAUAGUCAACAAUCAUCGAUUCAUCCACUUCUAUGUGAACAUCGAGUUUAA